AUGAGAGAGACAAGGAAGAACCUAAGUAGGGAUGAUCGGAGCGACGUGGUACUCACGAUGGUCUACUCCAGCGAAUCAAUCGACGUGGUCCACAGUCGUCUUCUACCCUUCUUUGAUCGAUGUGGAAAAGUACCUGACCACAGUUACUGUUCAUGGAUUAUUUUAACGCUACCAUGGUCACCGCUUCCAGGCGGCAUCUCAGAAAUAUCUUCCGUCCUUCCAGAACUCUCUCUAUUCCUCGGACAGAAACCCACCGCCUCAUACCCCCUCCUUUCUACGGUAUUGUCUACGCUCAAGAAAUAUUGGGCGUUUCCUGCCCUCCACCUACUCCAGCCUCUCUUCUUCUCCUCAGAAUCGUCGACCUCCACCAGCUCCUACCGUAGAAAAUGCGUACUGGAUUCCCAACUUCGACGACAGAUGGUUUGCCACCGUAUCGAUGUCGGCUUCGAGACACCGGGCUCACCUUUUCUGUUUCCGGCUCCAUCACCACCAUUAGCCGCCUCAUCUGGACCUGCUUCCCAACGAACUGUGACUGUAGAUGUGCCUCCUACUAAAACAGAGGUUCCACCUGCAGCCACAAACUCCAUAAAUGACUUUGAAGCACCAAAGGAGCCAAAGAAAUCUGCUUUUGUUGGUGUGUCGCCUGAGGAAACAUUGAAUAUGAACCCGUUUGAAAACUUCAAAGAAUCUAAAGAGACUGAAUCCCCGAAAGAUUCUCAGUUUUUGAACCAAGGUUCCUAA